AUAAUGCCACCCUGAAAGCUGCUAUAAAAAGCAGCUUUGGUUACUGCAUGGUUUGCUAGUGCAGGCUUUACUUAAACUAGGAACAGAAUCAGGUCCUUUGCUGUAUCACAAUGUCCUCAGAUAUUUACUCCAAUGUAGAUUUAAGCCGGAAGGUGAGAUAUACCAAAGAGAAGCAAGAAGAAAGAAUAAAAUGGGAGGAGAGGAAUGUAGACAUCUAUGAGUCUGUAGAAGAUGUUGCUGAAGACGACAUAGAUCAUCAUCCACAGGAAGAAGACCAACAGGCCCACAGACAACCUGCAGGGAAGAAGUUGUGUCCAAAGAGCAAAACUGUUCAAUGCACUGCUGUGGAUUUUAAUGUUGGCUGCAAUCAUCACUCUGACCACAUACUUCAUCUUGGAGAUGAAUAAAGUGAAGAACAGAAAUAGCCAACUACAUGUUCAACUUUCAGAAAUGGAAGCCAACAACAGUCAAUUACAAGCCAAUUUAUUAGGAAAGUGCUGUCCUGAUGGAUGGACAAGAUUUGGAUGCAGCUGUUACUACAAAUAUCACGAGACCAAUAGCUGGUAUGAAAGCAGGAGACGCUGUCAGGAAAGUGGAGCUGAUCUGGUGAUCAUAAACAGUGAGGAGGAACAGACCAACAGGCCCACAGACAACCUGCAGGGGAGAGAAGUUGUGUCCAAAGAGCAAAACUGUUCAACGCACUGCUGUGGAUUUUAAUGUUGGCUGCAAUCAUCAUCCUGACCACAUACU